UAUCUUCUUAUUUUAAUUACCCAUCGUAUUUUAUUCAGAUCAAUAUUUAUUACAAGAAUAAAUAUUAAGGAAACCUCAACAUGUGGUUACAGUUCUCAGAUAUAAUAUUCAAGGUUAGGAAAUUAUAAGAUAUACUUACCUUACCUAGAUAUAUCUAACGAAAUAUUAGUUAUUAUUAGCUUUCUGUACCGCCCGCCAGUUAAAAUGUCAUGCGCAAGUAAGGAAAGCAAAUUACAAAUCAUAGAAAAACAUAUCAAGAGUUAUCCUGACUUUCCCAAGAAAGGUGUAUUAUUUAGGGACGUAUUCGCCGUUUUACAAAACCCCGAGGUUUUCCAAUUGUUAAGUGAUGUUUUGGUAGAAACUGCAAAAGAAAUAAAUCCACCUGUCGAAACUGUGGCUGCGUUGGAUUCGCGGGGAUUUUUGUUUGGUCCCUUAAUAUCGUUAGCAUUGAAAAUCCCUUUUGUUCCCAUCAGAAAGAAGGGCAAACUUCCAGGAGAGGUUAUGUCAUAUUCUUACAUCAAAGAAUAUGGUCAGGACACACUAGAAAUUCAAGUGGGUAGUAUACAGAAAGGGAAGAGAGUUCUAAUCGUAGACGAUCUUCUAGCUACUGGGGGCAGCCUAAAGGGAGCAAUUGAUCUCGUCACGAAAAUUGGUGGAGAGGUAGUUGCAUCCCUUAUUGUAAUAGAAUUGAAAGGACUAAGUGGGCGAGAUGGUAUCACAUCAGAUAUCAUUUCUUUAAUUAAAUAUUGAUGUUAUAUUUUUAACUGUAAGAUUUUUUGAAAUAUUAUACCGUCUUUUAUAAAAGUA